AUGGGAGUUUACAGCAAAUUUGCAAAUGCGUUCAAUAAAUAUCCUUUACUUAGAGGAAUGGCUUCCUAUGGCAUAAUUUGGCCUCUUUCUAGUCUUGUACAGCAAUCUUUUGAAGGCAAGAACUUGGAAAACUACGACUGGUGUAGAUGUGCAAGGUUUGGUUUUUACGGCUCAUGCUAUGUAGCUCCGACUCUUUACACAUGGCUAACCAUAGCCAAUUCAGUAUGGCCUGGGAAUACAAUACGUGCAGGUAUAAAAAAGACUAUUGUUGAAACCGUUACUUACACACCGUUUGCAAUGUGUAGUUUUUAUUUUAUAAUGAGUUUAUUGGAAUCUAAACCCAUUCAUGAAGCAGCUGCUGAAGUAAAAGCAAAAUUUUUACCAACAUACAAGGUUGGUGCGUCAGUGUGGCCAGCAGUAGCAAUGGUUAAUUUCUGUUUUAUAAGUCCACAGAAUAGGGUCCCUUUCAUUAGUGUAUGUAGCUUUAUAUGGACAUGCUUUUUGGCAUAUAUGAAACAUUUAGAUCAAGAUAACGAACGCUUGAGACCUGGUAAACUGCUCUCAUGAUAAUUGGAAGUAAGGUCACCAUUCCCAAUAUCAUUAAUUACUAAAUUCUUAUUUGCCCAGCCAAAGCUAAAACAACUGAUGACACCUAUGUCAUAUGACACUUGAACCUUGAAAUUCAUCUGGUUUUUAUUGUGUUACUUUCAAUGCAGUGAGAAUAAGUAAUUAAUUAAACUUCUAUCAUUUUUGGGAAUGGUUCUUUUACACCCAGUAUUAAUAGCCAUUAUAGACGAAUUAUAUUAUUUAUUAUAAUUAUUUUAAUUUAAAAAAUCUUCAAAAGAUUUUUAGAUCACUGAGUCUCAAUAAUGUGAUAAAAUCGCAAAUAAAUCUAUAAAAACAAUUGUAUUAAAAUUAUUAGGUAUUUUAUGAUAAGUACUAUAUAUUUAUUUUACACUAUGUAGUUUAAUAACAAGAGUAUAUUGCUAUAAA